GACUUCCGGUUUUGUCAUAUGUACUUCCGGGUUGAGCGGCCACAUGUGAUAAACAAGCAUGGACUUCUCAGCGAAGUGGACAGAUGUGGCUAAAAGUCCAAGUUUGAAGAACCUGACGGACGGAGGCUUCGGAGUGUUGAAGGAAAGUCAACAGAGCUCCAUUCAGGACUUAGUCAGAGCGCACAUUGACUCUUUCGACCAGGCCGUCACUGUCGGACUCAGUCGUGUCGUGCAGGCCAUCCCGCCUUUGGAGUUCACGCUGAAAAAUGACAGGAUCGGUCUGUCGUUUGUGGAGGCCGCCAUCUACCAGCCGGUGGUUUCCAAAGGGAGUGUCUGCAGAGAGAUGAGGAUGUUCCCAGCUGAGUGUCGGGGAAGAAGAUGCUCGUACAAAGGAAAAAUAGUGGCGGACAUCAGCUGGUCCAUCAACGGCGUUCCCAAAGGCAUCAUCAAGCAGUCUUUGGGUCAAGUGCCCAUCAUGGUGAAGUCCAAGUUGUGUAACCUACACGGCAUGUCACCCAAACAACUGGUAGAACAUCAUGAGGAGGCAGAGGAAAUGGGAGGCUACUUCAUCGUGAAUGGAAUCGAGAAGGUCAUUCGCAUGUUGAUUAUGCCCAGGAGGAACUAUCCUAUCGCCUUGUCACGGCCCAAGUGGAAGAGCAGAGGGCAGGGAUACACCCAGUAUGGUAUUUCCAUGCGCUGCGUUAAGGAGGAACACACGGCCAUCAACAUGAACCUGCACUAUCUGGAGAACGGCACGGUGAUGGUCAACUUCAUCUACCAGAAGGAGCUCUUCUUCCUGCCGCUCGGCUUUGCACUGAAGGCGUUGGUGAAUUUCACAGACUUCCAGAUCUUCCAGGAGCUGAUUAAAGGCCGUGAGGACAACUCCUUCUACAAGAGCUGCAUUUCUGAGAUGCUGCGGAUGGUCUCGGAAAAGGGCUGCACCACACACAGCAAGGUGCUGGCCUACCUGGGCGAGCGAUUUCGUGUCAAGAUGAAUCUCCCUGAGUGGUACACCAACGAGGAGUGCGCCAACUUCCUGCUGGACGAGUGCAUCUGCAUCCACCUGAGGUCCGGCCUGGAGAAGUUCUACAUGCUGUGUCUGAUGACCAGGAAGCUCUUCACCUUCGCCAAACAGGAGUGCAUGGAGGAGAACCCUGACAGCAUCAUGUGUCAGGAAGUGCUGACUCCUGGUCAGCUCUACCUCAUGUUUCUCAAAGAGAGGAUGCUUGCCUGGCUGGUGUCCGUGAAGCUGUCCUUCGACAAGCGAGGAAGUCGGAUGAAUGGCGGCUGGAGCGCUGAUAACAUUAUGAAAAUCUUCAACAUGGGCACUGACCUCACCAAAUCUUUUGAAUACCUGCUGGCCACGGGGAACCUCAGCUCCAAGACAGGUCUGGGCAUGCUACAGAACACGGGUCUUUGCGUGGUCGCUGACAAGCUCAACUUCAUCCGCUACGUCUCGCACUUCCGCUGCGUGCACAGAGGCGCCGCCUUUGCCAAGAUGAGGACCACCACUGUUAGGAAGCUGCUGCCUGAGUCCUGGGGCUUCCUGUGUCCUGUCCACACCCCCGACGGAGAGCCGUGCGGCCUCAUGAACCACAUGACUGCCAGCUGUGAGAUUGUGACGCCGUCGCUGUCCACGUUGACGCUGCCCGCCCUGCUGUGUUCCCUUGGUGUCACUCCAGUGGACGGUAGUCCCGGUCAAGCCUAUUCGGACUGCUACCCUGUAGUUCUGGAUGGCGCUGUGGUGGGCUGGGUGGAGGCGGAGUUAGCCCCUGGCGUGGUCGAGUCACUGCGCACAUUCAAGGUAAGCGGACAUGUGAUCUGUGCACGUGACGGAGGACAUGGAGUGACACUUGGACUCCGACAGGUGCUCAAAGAGAAGAAGAUCCCUCCGUGGACUGAGAUUGUUUUGGUUCCCAAAACCAAGAAAGCCAGCUUGUACCCAGGCCUCUUCCUCUUCACCACGCCUUGCCGCAUGGUGCGACCUGUCCACAACUUGACCCUGGGACAGCAAGAGCUGAUUGGAACCUUUGAACAGCUCUACAUCAACGUGGCCGUCAUGGAGGAUGAGGUGGAUGCAGAUGUGACCACCCACCAGGAGCUCUUCCCUCACAGCAUGCUGAGCGUGGUGGCCAACUUCAUCCCCUACUCGGACCACAACCAGAGUCCCAGGAACAUGUACCAGUGUCAGAUGGGUAAACAGACCAUGGGCUUCCCGCUGCAUGCCUUCUUGGACCGCUCGGAUAACAAGCUGUACCGACUGCAGACCCCGCAGAGCCCCUUGGUGAGGCCUCACAUGUACGACCACUACAGUCUCGACAACUACCCCAGCGGCACCAAUGCCAUCGUGGCCGUCAUAUCCUACACGGGCUACGACAUGGAAGAUGCCAUGAUCGUGAACAAGGCGUCGUGGGAGCGGGGCUUUGCUCACGGCUGCAUCUAUAAGACAGAGCUGGUGGACUUGGCCGACAAGGCGCGUGGCCAGGACGGUGUCGUGUUUGGGAACAAGCCAGGCGACCCGAAGGUAGAAGACAGACUGGAUGCGGACGGACUUCCUGCCGUUGGAUCAACGCUGCGAUACGGCGACCCCUACUACAGCUAUAUCAACCUCAACACCGGCCAGACCUUCGUCACCUACUACAAGAGCCAAGAGGCGUGCGUCGUGGACAACAUCAAGGUCUGCAGCAACGACGCCGGCUCAGGUCCCUUCAAGCGUGUCUGCAUCACACUGAGAGUGCCAAGAAACCCGGCCAUCGGGGACAAGUUUGCCAGCCGCCACGGCCAGAAGGGCAUCCUGAGCCGCUUGUGGCCCCCCGAGGACAUGCCCUUCACCGAGAGUGGGAUGAGUCCAGACAUCCUCUUCAACCCCCAUGGCUUCCCCUCACGUAUGACCAUCGGGAUGCUCAUCGAGAGCAUGGCGGGAAAGUCGGGUGCCUUACACGGCCUGAGUCACGACGCCACGCCCUUCGUCUUCUCAGAGAAGAACUCAGCCUUGGAGUACUUUGGCCAAAUGCUGCGGGCAGGCGGCUACAACUACUAUGGCACCGAGCGCCUCUACAGCGGCAUGAGUGGUCUGGAGCUGGAGGCGGACAUCUUUAUAGGCGUGGUCUACUACCAACGACUCCGUCACAUGGUCUCAGACAAGUUCCAGGUCAGAACCACAGGGGCGCGCGAUAAGGUCACCAACCAGCCGGUCGGGGGCAGGAACAUCCAGGGAGGCAUCCGUUUCGGGGAGAUGGAGAGAGACGCCCUGCUGGCCCACGGAUCCUCCUUCCUUCUCCAUGACCGCCUUUUCAACUGCUCUGACCGCUCAGUGGCGCAGGUGUGCGUCGACUGCGGCAGCUUGAUAUCACCCCUGUUGGAGAAGCCGCCGCCCUACUGGUCCUCCACGCGGCACCGUAAGACGGUCUGUACGCUGUGCGGCAAAAGUGACUCCAUCGACUCGGUGUCUGUGCCCUACGUCUUCCGCUACUUUGUGGCAGAGCUCGCCGCCAUGAAUAUCAAAGUCAAACUGGAUGUCAAGUGAAGGCUGCUCAGGAGAAGGAUCUCAGGAUUUUGUUCCUUCACGUUACCAUGGUGAUGGGUGGCUCGGUGUGAAUGCCCCGCCUCCCAACUGAAUCACAAGUCUUGCUGAGCAGAUGUCAGAUACAAAACUUAAACGUCGUCCUUUGGCGGCGGUUGGUUAUAUCGCCGUGGCGACCUGCUAGUAAUGGAAUGACUUAUGGAGUUAUUCGCACAAAUUAUUACAAGUAAUAAAAUCCUGUACUUUUGCACAAAGGGAUUAAAUGGACUCAAAAAUCCAGUUCUAAUGGUGGACAAUUGAAUGCGAUAUAGUAGAAUAAAGAGACGCUUGGCUGAGAGGUUUCUAUAGUUAAUAUUAUUCAUUUGUGUUUAAUGUUGUACAAAAACACUUGAAUAUCUGGAAGUUCAUCU